GCGUUUUGUUGCAGAUUUAUACGUAGUAGUUACGUUUUGUUACACCUCAAAAGUUGUGGUAGUUACGAUGCUAUGGAUGUGAGCCAUAGCGGAGUUCAACAUUGUGCUUUGAUACGAAAAUGGCUGAUGUCUCAAAUAAUGAACGCAAAGUGAAGUUUACUAAAAACGGGAAAAUCGUUAAAAGACGUCUAAGGAAUCCAGAAGAAUGGCACAAACAAAAGCAAAAGCGGCUAAGAAUAGCAGGCUUACAAUAUAUAAACGCAAACGGAAAAGUGGUACCACCAAAACGGCCGGGUCCCGACUGCAACUGUCGAAGACAAUGCUUUCAGAAGGUCCCUGAAGAUAUUAGACUAAAGACAUUUCAAGGCUUCUACUCAAUGAAAACUCACGACGAACAAAAUGCUUAUUUGUUUGGACUUAUGAGACAAGUCGAUGUUAAGAGAAAAAGAGUUAAAUCCAGUAGCCGUCGUACUUGCACGUUUGAAUACUUCGUUAGAGUUAAGGGGAGGGAGACACAGGUGUGCCAAACAGCUUUUAAAAAUAUUCAUGCCAUAACAGAAAGAAAAGUCAGAGUUCUUUGCAAGAAAAUGGAUGACGGCGUCAUGUUUCCUAGUGAUAACCGUGGUAAAAAUAGUCACCGCCGCACUGGAGAAGUUCGGCUGCCGUCAGGAAUGUUAGAUCAAAUAAGAAAUCACAUUUAUUCUAUUGUUCACACACAUCGACUAAAAGAUUUUAUCAGAUUGGACAAAAUUGCAGGAUUGGAAAUUAACAUUUCAAAAAUGUGGAAAGAUUACAUUAAGACUUUUGAUCCAGACAACAUAUCAGCUACUAUGCCUAGAUCUAAAAGAAACAUGGAGCUUGUCCCACAAGUGGAGCAACCCCAACAGGAAACUCAAGUUCCACAAGAGACUUUGGCUCCUAUUGCCUAUCCAGGAAGUGGUCACCUGGUAAAUAUAGCUGAAAACUAUUUCCAAAACCAGUAUCAGACAGCAACAUUGACAACAGGCACAGCAACUAAUUUCUACCAAACACCUAAUGGGGGACAAAGCAUGGGCAUUUUACUUCAGUCUGCUGCCCCAAGACCAACACAGCCUACUACAGCCUUUAUUGUGUUGCAAGCUAAACCUGAGCCUCAACAACACUCCACUAUUACAAUAGACAACCCUUACACACACACUACAACCACUGAAAUGAUACAUCAUCAUGUUGACACAAAACCAGAAAAGAAAGUAAAGAAAGAAAAGAAAAGAGGUCCUAUGGUUAAACAGUGGAGGUACACUAAUAUAUUCCAUGAUGAAAUUAAUGGAGCUGCAUUGGCAGCUAUUAAAACUAGACUAGGGAUGUACUAUGCUGAGAGUGAUGCUGCUCGCAAAAAGGCCAAGCAAGCUCGGCCUGCAGAAGUGGUUCAAACACAACCUCCUCCAGAACAAGUUCCUCAAAUGAGACAAACACACACAGUAACAAUAUACACAUAAAACAUGGCCUAUCAGAAAGUAUUGCAUUGUAAGAAUUGUUGGGACUGAAUAAUUUUGUGCAAGCUUUACUUGAAAGUAUUCCGCUUUAUAUAAAAGUAAAUGCAGUUCUAAUAUGAAAAUGUACAAUGCAACCAUAAUCUUAAAUCAAUUUCAGAAUU